UUCUGAAGCCACGUACACCUUUCUACUUCCAGGCCAGCUUCUCUUCCUCAAUCGGCCAGCCCUCCUUCCAACACGUACUGCUCCUACACCUCUUCUUGUCAACUCCCCCCAACGCGCGCGCGCGCACACACACAACACAGAGAUCAGCAUGGCAAUCUCUUCCCUUCUCCUGAACCCAAUAUACCCCCCACACCUUCCUCCAAAACCACCCACUCGCCUGCACAAAACCAGUAAACCCUUCACAUGCAGAAACAGCCUCCCGAAAACCACCACCACAAACCCUCUCUUAAAAGACCCCAACCACAAGCUCUCCUGGAAAGACGAGCUCCAAAACGCGUACCCCAAUGAGUCCUCCGCCCUGGAAUUCGACGUUUCCGAUGAGAAAUUCCAGGAACUUGUCGACAGGCGCUGUGCAGACAACCUCAGGAUGCUGAUUCUUGAUUCUGUCCAAAAGGCGAAAGCGGGCCACCCUGGAAUGGCCCUGGGGAUGGCUGAAAUCGGGGUUUUCUUGUACAGGCAUGUGCUCAAGUACAAUCCCAGGAAUCCCAGGUGGUUUAACAGGGACAGGUUUGUUUUGAGCGCUGGCCAUGGGUGUUUGCUUCAGUAUGUUUGCCUGCAUCUUGCUGGAUUCCAAUCUGUUCAGAUUGAAGACCUCAAACGGUUGUGUAAGCUUGGCAGUAGGACUCCGGGCCACCCAGAGAAUACAGUGACAGACGGCAUUGAAGUCACAACAGGACCUCUUGGACAAGGUGUAGCCAAUGCAGUCGGCCUUGCUCUAGCCGAAGCCCACUUAGCCGCUAGGUUCAACAAACCUGACGUUUCCGUCGUAGAUCAUCGCACAUAUUGCAUUAUGGGCGAUGGAUGUGCUAUGGAGGGCAUAUCGCAUGAAGCCGCAUCUUUAGCGGCACAUUGGAAGCUCAAUAAGCUCACAUUGAUUUAUGAUGAUAAUCGUAAUACAAUUGAUGGUUCCACUGACCUUGCAUUUACUGAGGAUAUCUCGUUGCAAUUUAAGGCAUUGGGUUGGAAUACAAUAACGGUGGAUGACAAUCAUAGCAAUAUGAGAUCGUUCAAGAGCGCAGUUUUGGCUGCUUAUAGAGAGACCGAAAGACCAACUUUUAUCCGGGUAAAGACGCGCAUAGGCAAAUUGUCGAAGAAGGAAGGGACGUCAAAAGCUCAUCAUGGAAUAUUUGACGAAGAUGAUGAGAAGCAAAUGAAACAAAAGGUUAAAUGGGACAAUCGAGAGCCAUUUUAUGUCAUUCCUAUGGUGUACAGGGAAAUGCAAGUGCAAGCAGAUCAUGGUGAAGAAUUAGAGAGGGAUUGGUGCUCCAAAUUGUAUUAUUAUCAAAGCAAGUACCCGCAAGAGGCUGUAGAAUUUAAGUCUCUCCUUUACAAUGGAAUGCUUCCAGGCUGGGAAAAUUCAUUACCGACAUGGUCUACAUCCGACCCUCUCGAUGCCACCCGAGGAUACUCUGAGAAGUGUCUCAACCAGCUUGCCAAAGUGCUUCCGGGUUUGAUAGGUGGAAGUGCAGAUCUUGCUUCCUCCAACAAAGUGUACUUACACGACUAUGGAGACUUUCAGCAACCGGCAUCUCCUGGGGGCCGGAACAUUAGGUAUGGAGUUCGCGAACACGCUAUGGCUGGAAUUUCGAAUGGCAUUGCAUUACACGGUGGUGGUUUGAUCCCAUUUGCAGCAACUUUCCUCGUAUUCUCCGACUACAUGAAAAACUCCAUUAGACUAUCUGCUCUAAGUCAUGCUGGAGUCAUCUACAUCAUGACCCAUGAUUCAAUCGGUUUAGGCGAAGAUGGGCCAACCCACCAACCCGUUGAGCAUCUUGUUGGACUUCGGGCCAUCCCCCGCUUGUUACUUUUCCGACCGGCAGAUGGCAAUGAGACCUCGGGAGUCUAUAAAGUGGCUGUCGCCAACCGAACCGUGCCAAGCGUGAUUGCACUGUCAAGGCAAAAGGUCUUGGCGCACGUGGAGGGAACAUCUGCGGAUGCAGUAGCAAGAGGUGGUUAUAUCGUGAGCGACAACUCUGGGCCAAAUUUGCCGGAGAUCAUAUUGAUUGGUACCGGCUCCGAGCUGUGCCUAUGUGAAGGCAGCGCCAGUGUGUUGAGGAAAGAAGGGAGAAGAGUGAGGGUAGUUUCACUUGUGUGUUGGAGGCUUUUCGACCAGCAACCGGCGGAAUACAAAGAGGAGGUGUUGCCUCCUGGCGUGCCGAGACGUGUUAGCGUGGAAGCAGGCUCCCCGAUCGGGUGGAGGGAAUACGUCGGGCCUGAAGGUGUGGUUCUUGGCGUGGAGGAGUUUGGAGCUAGUGGAGCACAUUUGGAUACAUUCAAGAAGUAUGGUUUUACAGAAGAAAAUGUCACCAGGGUGGCAAAGAGACUCCUCUCCCAGUAAAGGAGGAAUGGCCGUGAGCUGAGAUGCAAACUUUGACGGUAUAGAGCUGGUUAUAUGAUGUAUAACUUUUUUCUAAAAAUAAAUAGAUGAUGUGAGUAUUUAUAUUUUAAAAAUACACAAUUUUUUAUAAAAAAAAAAUAUAAGG